UGGCUGCUGCAACCAGUUGAGUGGCAGCCAUGUGGCAGUUGGCACUGGGAUUGGGCCUCAUCCAGCAGCUGAGCCUGGCCAUCGUGGUGGAGCGCAACAUGUUCGCCUACUACAAGGUGCCGGCUGCCCAGUUGCUCUACUCCCAGGAAGCGGAUGCGGACUUUGAUUUCCAGUCCCAGGAGGUCAGCCAACUUGAUGGAGGCCAGGUCAGCGAUCUCUACUACGUGCUGCAGUGUCCACCGAAGCUGGCCGAGGGCAUCCCCAAGCCGCAGGACAUGCAGACCUGCAGCGUGGUGGACCAAUACAAGGGCAUGUGGAGAAAGAAGAAGCCCAAGCCCAAGAAGCGCUACCACAUGGUUCCAUUCCGGAUAGUCCUGCGUCCACUGGGACCGCCUGCCAGGAGACGCAGCCUUAGGCGUCGCAAGCGCCAGCAGAAAGGUCACAACACUCCAAGUAACAAGAACCCAUAUGAUCGGUCUGCAGAGGUGUCCAGUCAGGUGAAGCUGGAAGAGAUGACCAGUCCGCUGCAGUUCCUGGCACUUCCCCACAAACGGCAGAAACUUCUCAAGCUAUCCGCUGACCAUCGAAAGUUCAAAAAGGGCAGUAGGUCCAAGGGUCACCAGCACAUGUACCACCGCGAUGAGUCGUACAAUGAUCAUAUCUUCUACGACGAACUUCAGGAUGACGGAAAGUUCCACAAGCUCGGCAAAGAAAAAUCUAAUUAA